ACACACCUGCUGGAACGUAUCCAAUAUGUCGCCUUCUUCUUCUUCUUCUUCUCCAUCUCCAUCUCCAUGAGCGCCACCAGCCUGCCUCUCCUUGUGCGCAGCAAUAAGCCCCUGAAACCAAGUCCGCCACACACCAAGGCACUCGAGCAGCCGGGCCUGGUCUGCCAGAUGCUGCGUGGCGUCGAGCCUCUGGCCCACCGAGAUGGGCCAGUACCGGCUCAGCAGCCAGCACUCGAGCGUGCCGUGGAAGGCAUUCCACUUGGGCCGCAGCAGCUUGAUGGUGUUGUCGUACCGCCCCGGCACGGGCAACUCGGGGGGCAGGUUGAACCGGGGCAGCAGCGCCGCGUUGUGCUCGGGAGUCUGGGCUGCCCCGCGGCCGGUGGAGGGAGGCGUCCACAGGCCGCCGAGGACGUUGGCCGCGGCGAAGCGCACGCAGACGGCCUCGGUGUUGCACAGGCUGCGGCUGUCGCCGUACAGCGGGUGCAGGCCGUACCGGAACGCCCCGUCGCUCCGCAUCUCGGGCGGCGCGACGACAUGCGGCCGUAGCAUCGUCAUGCCGGCCCCGAUGAUGGCGUUGCGCGAGGCAAAGUUGCCCUGCAGCAGCUCCAGCACCGCGAAGCACAUGGUCCCAUAGGCAAUGUCCCGCGGCGACAUGCUGGGAAGGGCGUCCCGGAAGGACCUCAGGGCCCGGGCAUAGUUGCCCACCGCCGAGAAGAGGUGCUUGGUGCUCCGGCUGC